AUGAGCAAGCCAAGGGCGUUCAUGCGACAACCCCAUGUCCCGUCCAGAGCUAAGACGCAAUCGAUGGCCGCGGGGGUACAGUACCCCUCGCUGAAGAAGAAUGAAAGAUUUGCUCUCCUGCCUAUCCUAGACGAACAUACCAAUGACACGUCGGGAGUGCAAAUCUACGAAGAACCACCGCCUCCCCCUGACUACUCGAGGUCUGAAGACAGCCCGCCUUACUACCUGAGCGUGGACGUGGAGCCAAUCCAAGACACCCUCACACAGGAAGACUUCAUCCUCCUAUGUCAGAAGAGUCCUCAGAAGUGGUUCGAUGCAGUGGCCAACACUGCCUUCCGCGCCUCUGCGUGA